AUGACUAUGUCGACGCAGCAGGCGAUCGAUGAUGAAUGGCGUCGUCGACUGUCCGAAGCGAUCCGACGCGAAGACGCCGCCGAGUAUUCCGAGGAUUCCGACGAGGAGGACUUCGUACCGCAUCCGCUGUGCCGCGCUGCUCCAAUGAUGUCACCAUUGGCUCGAGGCGGUUUUCCAUUAACACCGUCGCCGACGCCGUCGACGUCCGCAGCGUCUUCGAUUCUGACGAAGAAGCGUCGGAGCUCGUCAUCGCCGGAAGAGCAAGGUCGUCGUCGCGAGAAGAUGCCCCAUCUUGUUCAACCGUUGAACUAUCGGCGACAACCGAUGACAACCUCGCUGACCACCGAUGAAGCCUCGACGAGCAAUGGAUCGCCACUUGAUAUUGUGAAGAGCAUCGUGAAGCGAAGCGCCUCCGAAAGCCAAGACAUCAAUCUCUCAGCUGAUCUAUUCUGGCUCAAAUCGCAGAUUUCUGAUAAUUGGGCACUCAAAUGGUUCUGGCAGGCGAAGACGAAGAAGAUGAAGCUGCUCUUUUCUCGAUUCCUCUCAUUCUCAUACUAUCCCGCUCUGUUCACCGGCCGAGCGCGCCUCGUGAUUUUUUGA